CUGUUUCUCUCAUCAGACUACUAAAGACAUGCCUUUGGGGUGCCUGUACUACAGUGUCAGAACUGAAAAAGUAUCUCUAGGCCAUACCUUCAAUGCUAUUUCUCACUCUAUUCCUAUUACUGCUACAAUGGUUCAGAUGUUCCUGUGUGUGCAUUUCUCCUUCGGGAAAUAAGAAAUGACAGUUCACAGGGCUUGCAAGUCCAAGUCCCUAGAAAACACUUCUAAUCAAGGAAUGGAGUAGAAAACAGAAAUACAGUCAGCCUCAUGUUUGAGGUGGAAGGAAGUUGCUCAAGACCAAGUAGUAGGAGGCUAAUUGCCAUUAAGCACACGUUGACUGCUAUACGCUUAAAGCUUUGCUUCAUGUGUCGCUUAAAGCUUAUCAGUCAGACAUACAGGGAGAAGCAGGUCUUUUGUUCAAAUGCCAGAGUGUUCUCCUUCACUUUCCACAAUGUGCAGGUUUCUAGGAGGGCAGAGUGCCAGAACAAUGUGCCUUCCCAAGCCUUGUCUCCAAGGAAAAGUACAUUCUUCCCCUCUAUGCAACUGCUUAUGCCACAGAGGCUGCCUUCUGGAAAGCUCAGCCAAGCGUCUCGUACUUGUGAUCUGUGCGAAUGGAAAAGUCUGAGCUCUGUGACUGGAGCACUGUACAGCAGUGUUCAGUGCUGCUGUGGGGCCUGAAUACUGGUGCCAAAGGGCCAGCAUGUCCUGGGCAAAAUACGUACAGAUGGAGUAGGAGUUUCGUGUAUCUCUGUUCAUGCAAGUGUUAGCAGGGAGAAAUUAGGCUUCAGGAGGAGCUACUCAAUGGUGUGACCCUAGAUGUCAGUUUUGUAACUCUUACAGACGUUUUUGCUUGAGGACAUAACUUAGCUGCUCAGGGAAACAGUACAGUGAAGGGUUGUUAGAGUUAGGGUAGUUUGGUUAGAUUGUGGUUGGACUUCAUGAUCCUUAAAGUCUUUUCCAACCUGAGCGAUUCUAUGAUACAUACAAAUCCAUCUUACAGAUGCUGUUUGUGAGGGACUAGGAACACAUAGCUGAAAUCCCAACUGCACACAACUUUGCUUGCUCGUCUUCGCAGGGCCGUAUCUGGACAAGUGUCAGCUUCUAGCCUUGUUUCCUUACCCAAAAUUACCAGGGCUUGACCAUCUGUGUUUGUAAUGAAGCAAGUGAAAGGGAACAUGAUCUUCCCUUCCCUGUUCAGGCUCUCCCUCCUGAAAAGGCCUGUAUUUUUUCCUACUACUAUUUCUUAUACUCCAGCAGUCCUCAGAGCAGCACAGUAAGCUCUCCAGGAACAGAGGGCACCAUCAAGAGAUCAACAUCUCACCAGAAAGCAUAAAGAAAAGAUUAUACUUGGAAUAGGAAUUACCUGAAGUGACUUGUCUUCUCACAGUGGCAGAAUAUUAUGCAUUUCCUCAGUCCAGCUCUGCUCUUCUUUACCACUUUACCUGGCACAGCCCAACUGCAGCUCCAGUAUCCUUCUGAAUUGUUAACAGGACAAGUCUGGCAGCUCCUUUUUCUGCUGCCUCUUUCUGGCAAUUUUCAGCUCCCAGAAAAUCAACUCAAGCAGGUCACAAUCCUGUUCCACAUCUUAAAGACAGGCUCUUCUGAAGCCUGCAACAGAUCUCAGCAAAAUCAGCUUUCAGUUGCCCUCAUGAAUUUCACGGCUCUUCUCAUUUAUUACCGAUGUGUGGACCUCUGUGCUCCUGCAAGAAACUGCCAUUCCCAUGCUUUGCUCUAGUGGAGGGUGGAGUUUCAUAAUUUAUGGCAGGUAAAAGUAGGCAGGCACAGUAUUCAGAGCUCAGGCAUAAAUGAAAGGUAGAGGAGGUAGCGUGAGGUAUAGAUAAGAGCUGAGUACAUGCGUGUGUGAGAGCCUAGCAUGAAGGCUGAAUGCCUGUACAUACACGUGUAGGUGUUUGUAAGGCUGCUUGAAAUAGUGUGUACUGCUGAAGUAUACGUAUGACAGGGAAGCGUUGCUUGAAUCAAGUCUGGUAGUGCUUCAAGAGGAUAUGCUAAGUGGUAACUGCUGCCCUAUGAAGCCUGACCUCAAUAAAUGUGCACAGAAUGGACAUGAGAUGAUACACAAGAAAAAGUAUGCAUACAUGCUGGACAGAGAGGUUCCUUUCAACCAUGAUGAAACCUAGGAUACAGAUGCUUCUGAUUCUGGCAGUUCUGUUUGUUCUUCUGAUCCGCUUCCACUUCCUAACCUGCAGCAACAGUGCCUCCCUGGAAUUAAAAUCUUCUGCAGUCCACAUUCUCAUUCUCUCCUCCUGGCGGUCAGGAUCAUCCUUCACUGGCCAGCUUUUCAGCCAGCACCCCAGUGUCUUCUACCUGAUGGAGCCUGCAUGGCAUGUAUGGGUUACAAUGUACCAGAACAGUGCCAAAGUCUUGCACAUGGCGGUGCGGGACCUGGUCAGGUCAGUCUUUCUCUGUGAUAUGUCUGUUUUUGAUGCCUACAUGUCUAGCGAGAAGAAAAAGUCUGACUUAUUUCAGUGGGAGAAAAGCCGAGCCUUGUGCUCCCCUCCUGCCUGUGACUUCUUCAGUCGCAGCGACAUAAUUUCUGCAGGAAACUGCAGAGUUCUCUGUGGUAGAUACUCAUUCAGCAAGGUGGAAGAAGCUUGUAAAACCUACAGCCAUGUUGUCAUCAAGGAGGUUCGCUUCUUUGACCUGAAGGUCCUCUACCCACUUCUCACCGAUCCAUCCUUGAACCUCAAAAUAAUUCACUUGGUCCGUGAUCCUCGGGCUGUGUUCAGGUCCCGAGAGAAUACAGUGGCAGAGCUGAAACGUGACAGUGACAUUGUUGCGGGGUCCCAGAAGGCAAAGGGAGAACUGGGACCUUACAACACAAUGCAAGAAAUCUGCAAAAGCCAUGUUGAGAUUUACAAGGCAGGCAGCCAGGCUGUUCCCAGCUUUCUGAAGGAUCGUUACCUGCUAGUUCGUUACGAAGACAUUGUCAGAGAUCCACUAAGAAAGGCUGCUCAGAUGUAUAGGUUUGCAGGACUCCAUUUCACACCAGAACUUCAGAAGUGGGUGCACAAUAUUACCCAUGGGAAGGGAAAAGGAGAACAAGCAUUUGAUACUGGAUCCAGAGAUGCACUGAGCACAUCUGAGGCCUGGAGAAACACGUUUCCCUUUGAAAAAAUAGAAAAAGUUCAAAGUGUGUGUAAGGAUGCAAUGGACUUACUGGGGUACCGGCUAGUUCAGACUGAAGAAGAACAGAAAGACAUGUCACUGGAUCUUUUGUUUGGACAGAACAAAUUCUGAAGGCAGAAAAGCUGCUCUCUGUACCUCCUCUCUGAAUGCUGCAUGGUGGUGAACUAAUACUGAAGAGGGUAGAGGUAUAUCAGUGGGUGGGUGGGUGAGGUCAGGUACUACAGGAGUGCUGACAGCACUUAGCACAGUUUUACCAGCAACAGCACAGGGUAACUCUCCAAAGCUACAAUACAGGCUGGAGUAAUGCCAAUCUAUUAUCCAAAUUAAGUUCGGGGUGUAUGGGAAAGAGGAAUUAUGUGUAGAUGGAAGCAAACAGGCUGCCAGAGGAAUGGAAUUGGGUGUCAGAGCUCAAACCCCUCCACAAGCCACAGCUAAGUACUGGAGAAACUAUGUGGAACAACUGCACUGUAAUGGAAGAGGAAAUAUAAAUGGAAGCCAAAGGAAGAAAGCAUUCUUUGUCAUGCUGCCACUUGGGAACAUAUAAAGCUGGAAGAGAGACAACGAUAAGCAUAUGGUGUUUUCUGGAAAGCUCUCCCUCCUUCCCCCCCCCUCCCCAGCUCCAUUCCUGUGCCUGAGCCUUUAACAUUCAUGGCAAUGUUGGCAGAAUGUCUUAAUUCAUUUGCCAUAUACUGGGAAAAAUGGAAUAAACCAGCUAUAGUUGUAAAUGAAAACUCCUAGGUCAUAGUAGAUCCCUGCACAUAGGGAUCUAUUUCUGAGAUGGGGUGAACCCACUGAUUUUUUUCAGCUGAAGUAAUUAUAUCUUCUAGCUUUCCAAACCAGAAGGAGUUCUUGACCUGGGAGUUCUCACAGUUCAUGUGAGAAUGAGAAGAAUUCAUGCUAGUGCUGAGACUAUAAAAGGGUAGGAACACAAUUUCUAUUGAUAUGCAUAGUGAAACUGAAAGAUAGGUUUGUGGUAGUGUAUUAAAAAAAGUUGAGAACAAUAAAUUAAUAUAUUGUAUUAUUUAUUUGGUGAAAGCAUUUCCUGUCUUAGAGCAUGUGCAAGGGACCUGAAGGCCCCCUAAUAAAGAAUGAUCCUAGGAUGGAGCAAGUAUCCUGACAGUUUUAAGGGAACCGAUAUUUGUGUCUGUGGCUGCAAAUGCCUUGUUUUGUUGAGAGAGCUGACCUUGGUAGCUGGUCUUGUUUUUGCAAAGACUUGUUUUGCAAGGUGUUCCUCUUGGGCUCUGUCACACACUGGCUUCGUGGGUGCAGGAUGCAGUGGAACAAACCCUGCAGACGCUGAGGAGAAUCGAAGCAGAAUCAAAGGAAAGCAGCUGUGGUGGGAGAGAGGAAAAGUGCCCUUUGGAGGGGAUGCCCUGCUGGCAUGGUCCUUCUCUCUCCUUUUCAGUGGUUUGUCAUCUUUCAAGGAUUGGUGAGUAACAGUAUGCUUGUUGAGGGAGACUCUGCUUCCCAGUUGUGGGGAUUAUCUAAAAAUGGAUGCCGGUAUGUGUAUGAGUGUGUGUAUGUUGACCAAAACUCAUAACCCUCUGUUCUGCUCUGAGCACAUGGUUUGCUUGCCUCUGCUACUGAGCCAUCUUGUCUCUCAGAUCCAAGUGUACCCUAAAAAGAUCACCGUAAAAUUUCAUAGAGUUUGCUAUUGUCCACUAUCUCCUAUAUCAAUCAGAAAUGUCAUUCUUCCAUCUUCAAUGGGAAUAUCCAGAUUAAACCUGAACAACAGAAUUUUUAUCUGUUUAUAACAGCACUUUGUAAGAAAAUGAGGAAAUCUUGCUAUAAGACACGUGGAACGAAAUGUCCACAGAGCCCCUUCUGAGCAUCCCAUUUCAAACGCAAGUUGCAGUGUCCCUUUAACAUUGAUUCUCAGCUUAGUUAAUUUUUUUUUUUUAAAGUCUGAAGCAGGGAAAUCCAUGUCUAAAAAUUCACUGAUAUACUGUCUCAAUUUGACUCCACUUCCUUAAACCAACUGGCAAGCAACAGCUCAUUUAAAUUUAUUAAUUAGGCAAAUUUACUACUGUAGUGUAUACUGUUAACCAGGAAUAAACAAUCACAGACAGGUUACAAGCAUCUCUAUCUUGGGAGUACAGAGAACUGUGAACUCCUCCCAUGAUCUUCAAAAUGGCACACUGUUAACACAUGCAAGAUAAGUGGGGACAAAUUUAAUGCUUCUCUGCUCUUUUUACAACACUUUCCCAAGGCCUGUACUGAUUUGCAGCACUGCUAGGAACACAGCUGUUUUUGCACUUCUCUAGUGACUGCAUUCAUGUUUGAAAGUGUGUAUGCAAGAAGCAGUGUCCAGGUUCUAUGUAUUGUGUUUGAUGGGUGACAGGAGUCACCCUUACUGAUACUUAUCUCGAAUAACAGGAAAAAGACUCUUCUGUCAAAUUUACAGCUGAAUUUUGUUAUUAUUGAUGUUGUCACAGAUAAUCAAUUAAGGUUUUAUUAUGUGCUGAUUCUGGUAAGGAAAGCAGAGAAAGUACUGCCACAGAUGCUGAGCAGUUAUGUUGACUAUCAAAACAAAGUAGCUGCAAUAUAGACUAGACUUUGGAAUAAACUGAAUCAUCUGAAGUUAACAGUCUGCUCUAGGACCGCCAAGCGUAGAAGCUCAAAGAAGUGGAUGGCUUCCCACCCCAGAAGCAUCUCUUCAGGCACCUUUAGUGGGGCGAGCAUCAGUGUCUCAGAUCCUGCACGCCUUUGAGGUAAGAGACCAUCUUGCAGCAGUUAGGAAGGAAAUUGCAGGUACAACUGUGGAGCAGGAGGUGACAAAUGGUAGUUAGUGGUCCAGAAAGGGAUCUGGUAGGAGUACAAUUUGUCAGCAGUGAGGAAAGAUGAUAUGAGCUGGAGGGAGGAUCGUGUUUUCCAAUUUCUGAUGUAACUCAGUAUAAAUAUUUCUAAUGAUUUAGAUUUAACAAGCUAGUGUUGCAGUAUUCUUCUUGUCCAUGAAAUUCUGCUUCUUCAUGUACUUCUGUGUGUAUUCAUACCUCGUAAGUGAGCAGUGUGGGGCAGACCCCACUUAUUAACUUAUUAACUUAUUAACUGGCUAGCAAGGCUUUCCUGACUUCGAGGUGCAGGACAAGAUAAAUGUCACUGUUUCUGAAGCUCUUUGACAUUGAAUCCACAUGUCUCUUACCACUAGACAGGGCCUAGCACACUGAAAUAUUCAGAUGCAUUACAAGGUCAGUAUGCCAUGCAUGCUGGGUUUGUCCUCUAGCUGGUGAUUGUUGCUUCAGCACAGUAGCUAUCCAAAUCUUACUUCCAAUCAUUCUUCCCUUCUAGAUGAAGCAAUCAGCCCCAGUCACCAUGACUGAAAACAACUUAAAGCAGCUGGGACAUGGUUUAUUUCGGGAGAUGACUAAAACAGGGUUUCUCUAAGUAUAAAUUUUGUUGAUCAAAUUUAAGAUCUUAUUCCUAAUGGCUGGAAAAACUUAAUGUGAUAUUUUUGUAUCUUCCCGAAGUCUGAAUUUCCAUUUCAUCAAGUUGGAAUAAUAUUGACUCUAUUGUGAAGAUCUAGAUCUCAAUCUAGUAUUCUUUUUAAGAAGCUUUUAAAGCUAGAUUCAUGGAGGAGACAUCUGAUGUUCUGCCCAACAUUUAGGCUUCAGUCACAGAAUGGCUACUGUUGGAAGGAAUCUCUGGAGGCUGUCUGCUCCAAAUACCCUGCUCAAGCAGAGACACCUAGAGCAGGUUGCCCAGGACCAGGUCCAGGCAGCUUUUAGGGUCUUCAGGGAGAGAAGCCUGUGCCAGUGCUCUGUCAUCCACAUCGUAAAAAAGUGACUUUUACAGAUUAACUAUUACCACAGUACUGAAGACAUCUGUGGUCCUAGAACUAAAGUUCUAAUUCUUCAAAAGGAUGAAAUAGUGUAUGUUAUCAAAAUUGGAGUGAUACUGCCAGGGAUUCUCUUAGUGAAUGUGAAAACCUUCCUUUACAUGACACUUAGACAAAGUUGGUGCAGGCAGGCUGGCAUAGAGAAGUAUGAUUUGUACAGCACUAGAGAAGAGCACAGUUGCUGCACUUCUAAAGAUCUCUUUAGCUUACGGGUUAUAUCACACAUUCAGCUAAAAGCAUAGUCUCAGAAGCCAGUUUUUACUGCAGUCAUAGUGAGGAGCUUUUCAGUUGAAGUGCCAAGAAACCUGUUUCUUCACAGACAGACUCUUUUCAGUACAUUACUACAUUACUAUUACAUUGAUCAAUGUUAGCUGGAGUAGCACAAGUUUUAUUAUGCAUAUUUGUUUUCAAUGGACUCGACUCUUUGCAUUAAAUAUUUAGUUGGAUGAAAAAAAAAAACUUCAGUGUUUCCAGUCUCUGGUAACCAAAUGACAUAAAAUGACAUUUAAUGUAUUUUCUUAAAUUGUUGUUAAGAAAAUUGUUUUUACUUCCAUUUCCUCAGCAAACUCAGGAAAAACAAAAAAAACCAUGGAUUUCAGUGCUUCAUUGUUACGCUUCUGCUACGCUUCCCACUGCAUCUAUUGACAAUAAUGACUUUUUUUUUUUUUUUUUUUUUUUUGGAAGCACCAAAA